CAAAUUUAUAAGGAUCUGUCAGACACAGUACCUAAUUUGUCAUACGAGAGGAAAACAGAAAUGUCUCGCCUCUUCAAGUUUGCUCAAAAAUUUAAUAGUUUCUAUCUGUCAGGCUUCAAGGCUUCUGAAUGUAAGCCCUUCCUAGUCGAAGGAUUCCAAGUGGGCCUAGUCAGACCUGAAGUUAUGAAAGAGUUACUCAGAUAUCCCGAGGUUUUUUUAGUAUCUUCUGGCUAUGUGGAACUGAAUCCAGCUUUUCGAGAUUACGAAGAAAGAAGUAAUCAUGUAGACAAAGUUUUGAGGGAGCUUAGAGCUGAAAAUGUUUUUAUUGCUCUUAAAGGUUGGAGGGAAGAGUGUUAUGAAGUGAAAACGGAGUUUAAUUCCAAGAGUCUGUUAAAAAUGGACAGAUCUGCCACCUGUCUGUUUGGAAUAAGAAACUACGGAGUGGAUAUAAAUGGAUAUGUGAGACACCCUGUGAUGGGAUUGUGUCUGUGGUUUCAAAAACGUUCAUCUACUAAACAAACAUGGCCUGGGAAAUGGGAUAACAUGGUUGGAGGAGGAUUAUCUGUUGGUCAUGGUAUCUUAGAAACUGCCUUCAAGGAAGCUGAGGAAGAGGCUUCUGUUCCAGACCACCUUUUGAGAAACUUGUGCAGUGCAGGAUGUGUUUCAUUCUUCUUUGAAUCAGAGAGAGGCCUCUUUCCAAAUACAGAAUUUGUUUUUGAUCUAGAGCUUCCGGCUGACUUCGUUCCAGAGAAUGCAGAUGGUGAAGUCGAGGCUUUUGAGCUAGUUCCAGCUCAUCAAUGUUUAGAAAAAAUUCUGGCAGAAGAUUUCAAAACCACAAGCACCCCUGUCGCCCUUGAUUUUCUCAUUAGGCAUGGAGUAGUUACAGCAGAAAAUGAACAAGAAUACUUGAAAGUGAUAGAACUGCUUCAUGUUCCUCUUCAGUCUAUUUACCAGAAAUUGGUGCAAACAAAUACCAACGAUUUUAUCAAAGAAAACGGCAAUCCUUUGCUUUUCAAGAAUAUAUAAUUUUUUUUGAAAUAGGUCUUUCAUUCAUACGAUUUUUGUUAGUGUUUUGUUUGUUGUAGAUGAGAUAAGCCUUAUAUCCUGAUUGUUUUAAAUAUAAUUAUAUUUUAGCAAAAAGUUUACAUGAAUUUUGAGAGCUUACAAUAUUAGAAACAACUGUAUAUCUUAUUUAUUUGAUAGCAUUUUAUACAUACCAAGUAGAUAGAAAUAGCAGUUAUAUUUAUUAAUACUUCGUGUGAUUUUGGAUGUGAUUUCUUUUACAGUGCGAAAUUAUGUACUAAUAAUUGUGAUAUAUUGUUUACGAAAGGAAUCUGUUAAUUGUACUCAUUGAAGAAUUUACACAUAAUAAACCCGUCAUUCCAUUUUA